AUGAGUCGACAUUUUCACGAAAGUAUAAUAAAGAAUAAUCGAUAUGAAAUCCAAAGGAAGAUCAAUCCUAGAACUGUCCUGGACCAUAUGGGAGACUCGAUAUCAGACGUGGACCGUCAACGCAUCACACAGAGCUGCCUACAGGAUGGCGACAUCGAGGGCGCCAGGAAACUCGUGGAUGUGCUCCUGAGGUCAUACCCAGACACCUUUGUAAGGUUUGUAGAGGCCGUGGUAAAAGCUAGUUCCAGUGGACAGAUAUUAGCGCAAGAACUGUAUGGAUGUGUACCGAGCAGAUUUAAGGGGAAAUUCUCGCAUAUUUUCCCGGGAAUUCAGGAUGAAUCUGCAGAGCUCACGGAUGAAGCAUCGGACCCAAGGGGCGUGGAGGUACAGCCAUCGAGGAGUGGUGAACCCUCAAUGGGUUUAGUUGACGGUAACAACUUGACUGAUCUCAAGGAAGACAAUGCCACCAGCCCCAGAACACAGCAGGGAGACAAUGUCAUUGGAAACCUGGCUUUUAAUUUUUUCUCGAAGAAACGAGGAAUAGGAAUUCAAGCCAAUCUGCAUUGCGGUUUCAAAGUGGAAGGCUUAGUCCAAUCCGGGCACUCUCAGGAAGCCGUGGCACAGCUGCCCGCCAGUCAGGGGGAAGAAAAGAGUUGCUAUGGGCAACAGCAUGAGGAAGGCUGUGGUUCAGAAAAUGGUGGAACUGGGACGGGUCGGUGUGUAGCGAAGCGAUUCUACGAUUCCAGGUCUCCCAGACCUGGUGAACGAAGAACGAACUGCAGCUUCUUCUCAAUGGUCAUGGAAAGCGGAAGACUAUCUGUUGGCACAGGUCUGGCAAACACCACCAUUCGGAACUUUGAUUCGACUGCCCAGACGUUUUCCACUGGAAGACCGACCGUACCAGAAACGAUCAUUGAAAGGCAGCAAAACGUUGCACAUUUCACCACAGAGAAGUUAUCCGCAGACCAACGUCUAGGCCUGGGAGAGAAACAGAAGCAGCAGAUAUUUUGCGUUGAAUCGAGAUCGUUGGAUGAUGAAUUAAGAAAUACCACCCAAAAAUCUGACGGGGCCUCGGGUACCAGGGAUCAGUAUAGCUUCUGUAUUGACCCUGAUUGCCAUUUUAUGAAAAGAAUUUACAAAGUCUGGCUGACAGCAAUACAAAAUGCCACGGAUACUGUAUUCUGCCAAUACCUGAAGCAAUCAGAGGAUCUGGAAGGGGCUCUGAGCAAAUCGGUCGAAGGCAGGGAUGAUUAGGUGACCACUAAAAACAUCACCAACAUCAUUUGUAUUUUUGACUGAUGAUUAAAACCACCACCUCGAUUCGAGUUCAUGACCUUGUUGCUCAAGGUAUAUAUCUGGUCGUAUUCAGAGAGAUAUUCAUUGGACAAAACGGGCAGGAAGCGUUCUCCCUUGACAUGUAUGUGGUACUGGAAUCUGUGCAUUGUAUGUCAGCAUGUAUGCUUACCCAAACGUGAACGGUUUGCCCUGGAAAUUGCUUUUGGCAGAGAGGUAUUCACGGCAGCACCUUUUCUGUUUUGUCACUUGUUUUCAUUUUUUUCCGAGGUAUUUUAUUUUUUUUUUAUUUUUUUUUUUAGCAAUCCAGAAAAUGGCCACUUUACCGGAGGGACUUUUGGGAAGGGGAUAAUGGUGUAUAGGUCAUCAAACUCAUUAGUACGAUGUACCUAUACAGAUCGACACGUAUCCGUAUGUCUUCCACUGCUCAAAAAACGUUCGCUUCCUUUCCCUGUUCAAGUCCAAUCUGAAGUUUGAGAUGAAUCGAAUCAGCAAGUUAUUCGGGUUUUAAAGAUGUCUAAACCUUCACCGCUCACCCUCUGCUAACAAUAGUCCAGCCAUUGAAACUUUUCACUCGAGAAGUCAAACCAGCAUUCGCCAUGUUUCAUUCUUGAACUUCAGAGGCACAAGAUACAUGAGGCUGUACGAAAAUUUUCCCUCCUUUGAACGGCCUUUUCACUGAGAAUUAUUAUCUUUUGCUUUUUGUAUUUACCUUCAAAUAUACAGAUAAUCUCUAGUCCUUUCAUUGCCAACAGUUUGUCUUUCAAACAACCAGCAUCCAUCUUGCUUCAUGUGUGAGUACGAAGCAGGCAUGGUGCGCACGUCCGUUUGACGUCUCAGUUCAAAAGUUCAAUUCACGGUUGGAUUAUUGCUAGCAAAUGGUUUAUCAGUGCAGUGUUUGAUAUCCUUUAAGUCUUUACCGAUGGGAUAAUCGUGGUGGCUAAAUAUGGUAUACUCUUGGAGAUGAUUAUCAUGAGUAAUCGAUUCUUAUUUAUAUAAGUACAUGUAUGUAUAAACUUAAAUACCUUCUCCGGCCAUACGUGGGAAGGUCUACCAGUAACCUGCGGAAGGUCGUGGGUUUCUCCCGUGCUCUGUCCGAUAUCCUCCCACCAUAAUGAUGGCCGCCGUCGUAUAAAUGAAAUAUUCUUGAGUACGGCGUAAAACACCAAGCAAAUAAAUAAACUUAAACACAGAAUUGUACCAACCCAUUCACAUAACGCAAAACGUAUUAAAUGUAUGCUGUAUUUCUUGGCGGAAAAUUUGCUUUUAUUACUUGCGCGCCAGUAUUUAGAACGGUAAAAAUUUUGCAUGCUUUUGUUUUGGUGAGUAUUUAUUACUCGCCUAUACCCGGUAUAACUGGGGUGUGUUUUUGAUUGUAGGUAUCAGUAUUUGAGAAAUCACUUUAGAUUGCAAUCUCUUGAUUAUUUUAAGUUUUGUCUGUUUUUCUUGCUCGUAUAACACACAUUUGUACAUGCGACAUGCAUGCUCGAGUUAUUGGGGCUUAAAAUUUAUAUUUAAAGUAAAGUAAAUUAAAUUCAUUCCCACAUUACUUAUUUCUGCAAACCUUGGUGGGGAAUGGCAGUGGAAGGGUGGGGAGAAUGGUUGACAUAACCAUCUUAGUGAAUUUAUUGUGUUAGGCUUUAAUGGAAUCAUAAGUCAAAAUUAAUCUUGCGGUGCUUUCCUACAAAACACCUGGUGGUUGAGUUUUUUGAAUUAUUAUAUAGUAAAUCCACAUUAUCAUUUUAAAAACAGUGAAAGGUCAACUACAUAAUAUAUAGUAUUUAUGACUGCAAAUUGAAAAAUCCAUGUGUUUUUAUAUCAAAAUUGUUUAAUAUACCCAGGAACUGUGAUAAAAAAGUGAUGCCUUCCCAAUAACAGGCAUACCUGUAGGCUACGCAUGAGAUUAUUCAAAAUGGUUACAUUCAGGGGUAAUACAUAUAUAAACGCAAAUAUCUGCGCAAUAACGAUUUGCAAUGCCGUUUGAAAAAUACCACAAGAUUGUAUACAAUCCAGAUCAAUUUUUUCCUCUGAACCCUUUCUAUUCAAUCUGAUAACAAGCGCUGAUAUUAUUAAAGGAUAUCCUCGUUCUGCACAAAUAGGCAAAACAUUUGUACAUAGGAGUUUCGAUUGGUUCUGAAACUCUGAUUGUCAGGUAAUAAAACUCCCGGGUCUUUGACUACAUUCUCUUGCAUUAUAUAACAGUAAACUUUGAAGGAAUUGAAUUCGGUGAUCUGUUUAUAUGAGUUUAUUUGAAAAACAAUCAAACCAUUUACAUUUUGUUGCAUUUACACACAGCCUUCAUGUAUUAUAUUACACGACUUGUUAAAAUUUCCAUUAACUUGCAACAGUAUGAACAGGCUGAAAAACACUUUUCCAUCGUCAGCAAAGAGCGUAAACAGCUGAAAGGUGCAGAAGUAGGUCACAGGUGAUAUAUAUAUAUAUAUAUAUAUAUAU